AUGGCUAAUUUGAAACAUUUUGUUGAAAAUUACAAUGAGGAUCGUGAUAAAGGACACCUCGAGGGAUGGAAGCAACGAGUAGAAGGUUUAUAUAAAGAUUUUCAGGCGAAUCGUCUUCAGAUUGAAAUUAAAAAUGAUGAUGUUAAAAUUCUCGAGACGGACGAAGAAGGACAGCGAGUCACGGAGGAAGCCAAUCGUCUUGUUCGUCAAGGGUUUGAAAGAGACUUUAUAAUGGUUUGUAGUUUUCUUACCAACGAGCUUCGAAAAUCGAACUUUAUGCUGCCUUUAGCAAUUCCAUCUACGUCUGUGAAUCAAAUGUCGACUACCGAAAGCUCUUUUUCGCGAAUCAAACUUCCUGAAGUAAAACUUCCCACCUUCGACGGAACAGUGUCCGAAUGGAUUACUUUCCGGGAUACAUUCAAAUCGCUAAUUGAAUCAAACUCACAACUAUCCCAAAUCGAUAAAUUCACAUAUUUGGUAGCAUCGCUUUCGAAGGAUGCACGGAAGGUAAUCGAAUCAGUCGAGCUCACCGCUGUAAAUUACUCCGUUGCCUGGAACCUGUUGGAAAGACGGUUUGACAAUAAGAAGCUCGUAGUCAAAACGUUCAUCGAUGCACUGUUUGCUAUAGAUCCUAUGAAACGGGAGUCUUAUGAGGCUCUCAUCAGCCUAGUGGAUGAUUUUGAAAGGAACCUGUGCAUGAUAGAUAAGAUGGACAUCCCAACGGACGUCAGUUUACCGAAACGAUCCUCGAUUAUUGGACAACUAGGAAAGUCGAAGGAAAUUGCCACUCGAAGGUUCUUUAGCUUAGAGCGUCGGCUUUUAUCCAAACCAGAUCUUAGUUCAGCAUACACAAGGUUCAUUAACGAGUAUCAUCAGUUGAAUCAUAUGCGAGAGAUAGAGGAGACUAGUGCAACGAUUGACGAUUGUAUUUCAUACUACUUGCCUCAUCACGGAAUUGAAAAGGCGGACAGCACGACAACAAAACUACGGGUAGUAUUUGAUGCCUCGUGUCGAUCUGACAGUGGAGUGUCUCUGAACCAAGCGUUGAUGGUCGGUCCAAUCAUACAGGACGAUUUGUUGGCAAUUAUUCUGAGAUUUCGGAUGUAUCGGUUUGUAAUUAUUGCAGAUAUCGAGAAAAUGUAUCGCCAAAUACGAAUACAUCCUUCUGACUAUCCUCUACAACGAAUCCUUUGGCGUGCUACAACUUCUGAGCCUCUUCGCACCUUCGAACUAACGACAUUGACUUACGGUACGGCCUCUGCACCGUACCUAGCGACAAAAUGCCUACAACAGCUGUCACAGGAUGGUUCGAAUGAAUUUCCUCUCGCGUCACCGGUCCUGGCGAAGGAUUUUUAUAUGGACGACUUGCUAACGGGAGUCAGUGAUGAAGAAAAGGGCGAAGAACUUUGUCGUCAACUAUUGGGUUUGCUGAAAUCGGCCGGCUUCAACCUGUGCAAAUGGGCAUCCAAUUCAUCAACCAUUUUGUCGAAAAUUCCCCUUGAACUGCGUGACAAACGAACAUCGUUUUCGCUCGAUUCUCCUUUGAUGACAAUCAAAACAUUGGGAUUACAGUGGCAGCCGUCCGAUGAUAAGCUUCGCUUCUCCGUUCCUGUCUGGCCUAAUGAAAGUACGAUAACACGUCGUGUCGUCUUGUCGGACACUGCGAGGCUCUACGAUCCUCUUGGGUUGAUUGGUCCCGUCGUAGUGUUGGCAAAAAUAUUCAUUCAAUCACUUUGGCGCACAUCAAAGAACUGGGAUGACCCGUUGGACAACGCCCAGCAGAAAUAUUGGCUCCAAUUUCGCAACAGCUUAGAAGAGUUGGCUUCUAUAUCUAUACCCCGAUGGGUGACAAGCGCAAGUGCCCCAGUACUAGUUGAAAUUCACGGUUUCUGUGACGCAUCCGAGAAGGCCUAUGGAUGUUGUCUCUAUCUAAGAACAGUUUCAAAUGAUGGAUCAAUUUCGGUACGAUUGAUGGCCGCCAAAUCGAAGGUGGCACCACUUGGUAAUUCGAAAAAACAAGGACGUAUCUGUCUUCCAAGGUUGGAACUUUCUGCUGCGCUGCUGUUGAGCCAUUUGUACCACAAGGUUGUCACAAGCACUGCACUUAAUAUCAAAUCAUUUUUCUGGACUGACUCGAUGAUAACGCUGUUUUGGCUCAAUUCCCGACCGUCUCGAUGGAAAACCUUCAUCGCAAAUCGAGUGUCCGAAGUUCAGCACCUUACGGUUGGUGGCAUUUGGGCACAUGUACCGGGCAUCGAAAAUCCGGCAGACUUAAUUUCUCGCGGAUUGUAUCCCAGCCAGCUGAAGGAGAUGAAAAUCUGGUGGGAUAGUGCACCAUGGCUGGAGAAAUCGUCCCGCUUCUGGCCACCGUUGACUCCCCAAGCAUCUGGCUGCUGGCCUAGCGACAUUCUGGAAGAAAGAUUAGUAUCUCUACCGGUUCACGUGCAGCCUCCAAAUGAAGUAUUCUCGCUUCGAUCGUCGUUUACCGCUCUUGUUCGACUCGUAGCACUUUUGUUGCGGUUUAAUCACAAUCUCAAACCAGAAAAUCGUAAUAAUCGAAGAUUAGGCUUUCUAAACACCGUUGAAAUAGAGGACGCAGUGAAAUCUCUGGUUCGACUAGCACAGUUAGAAAUAUUUUCAAAGGAUAUUGAAGCAGUACAAAACAACGGACAGGUUAGCCCAAAUUCCUAA